AUGUGCAGUCCAAACCCCUCUUCAUCUCCUUCCUUUAUCUCCUCCCCCCAAAAGCCCCAUUUCUUAACCCCCACCAAAACCCCCAUGGAUGCUCUUGCAGACGAUCUUGACCUCCAUAGGUGGCCAACCACUUCCGAGGCCAUGAACGAAAUGAAAGAGAUAGCCAAGAUAUCGGGACCAACGACGGUAACAGGGCUCCUCAUCUACUCUCGAGCCAUGAUCUCGAUGCUUUUCCUCGGAUACUUAGGCGAGCUGGAGCUGGCCGGCGGAUCUCUCUCCAUGGGCGUGGCCAACAUAACCGGCUACUCCGUCAUCUCGGGCCUAGCCAUGGGCAUGGACCCAAUCUGCGGCCAAGCCUACGGCGCCAAACAAAUGAACCUCCUCGGCCUCACCCUCCACCGCACAAUCCUCCUCCUCCUAUCCACCUCCCUCCCCAUCUCCCUCAUGUGGCUCAACAUGAAGAAAAUCCUCCUAUGGUGCAACCAGGACCACCAAAUCUCCUCCGCCGCCCAACAGUUCAUCCUCUUCGCCAUACCCGACUUGUUCUUCCUCUCCCUUCUCCAUCCCCUCCGGAUAUACUUACGCGCCCAGGGGAUCACCCUCCCCGUGACCUACUGCUCCUGCGCGUCCCUUUUCCUUCACGUCCCUUUGAACUUCUUUCUGGUCAUUUAUUUAAACAUGGGGAUUUCCGGUGUGGCACUAGCAAUGGCUCUCACCAAUCUCAACCUCCUCGUUUUUCUCUCUCUCUACGUUUAUUUCUCUGGGGUUUACAGGGACUCGUGGGUCGUCCCGGGCCGCGACUGCCUCCGAGGCUGGUCGAAGCUUCUUUCCCUGGCUGUGCCGACUUGUGUCUCCGUCUGCCUCGAGUGGUGGUGGUACGAGCUCAUGAUAAUGCUGUGCGGGCUUCUCCCGAGCCCGCGGGCCACUAUCGCCUCUAUGGGGAUUCUGAUCCAGACGACGUCGCUUGUGUACGUUUUCCCUUCGUCGCUCAGCCUCGGCGUGUCGACCAGGGUCAGCAAUGAGCUUGGUGCCCGUCGGCCCGGGAGGGCCCGCAUCUCGAUGGUGGUGUCCCUUUGGUGCGCGGCCGGGCUGGGCGUGGCGGCCAUGGCUUUCGCGACACUGAUGCGGAGGCAGUGGGGUCGGCUGUUCACAGCGGAUGAGGAGAUUCUCGGGCUGACGGCGGCGGCCCUCCCGAUAGCUGGCCUGUGCGAGCUGGGCAACUGUCCCCAGACAGCCGGGUGUGGUGUGCUGAGGGGAAGCGCGAGGCCCGCCGUUGGGGCAAACAUCAAUCUGGGCUCAUUCUACCUGGUGGGCUUCCCGGUGGCGUUCUUGAUGGGCUUCGUGAUGGAGAUGGGAUUUGCUGGGCUGUGGCUGGGCCUGCUGGCGGCCCAGGCGUCGUGUGCUUUGCUGAUGAUGGUGGUGUUAGGGAGGACGGACUGGACGGCACAGGCGGACCGGGCCAGGGAGCUGACGGCUCAAGCUCAGGCUCAGGCUCAGGCUCAGCAGCAGACAAGGCCUUGCAAGUCUCUGCUGCCGGUUCUGGGGCGGGAGGCUGCAGGUGCUAAUAACAAUAAUAAUAAACAAGUUAAAAGGACUUGUGAUGAUCGUAGUAUUAAUAAUGAUAGUGUUGAGCAGGUUUUGUGUGGUAAUAAUGGUGACGUGGACGACGUAAAGCCGGGUUCGGAUGAAACAGAUCCUCUCAUUCUAACUACGCAAUAUUCAAAUUUUUAG